AUGCCUAAAUUUUCAAAGAAACGUCGCCAAAUGAUACAACUAACGGCUAAUCGUGAAAAAAAUAAAAAAAAUAAAGUUGAAAAUCCUUUACAAUGUCUUAACGAUGUUGAUAAUGUUUCUGAAGAAAAAUUGAUCGAACUUAUCCAAGAUUUAGGUGAUGACGAAAAAGAAGAUGCAAUAAAAUUACUAGAAAAUAUGAGGUACCCGCAAGGAAAAAAAGAGGGAAAAAUCAUAUCCCAAUAUUUGCAACAGCAAUUAGUUAAAAUAAUCUCUGACUCCUUUUAUCGGCAUCAAAUGAGUUAUUCUGUCUUAAAAGAAGA